UGGCAACCGCAGCCUCAGCCGGCUCUGUUGUUUACAACUGUCGCGUGCACGUUCGCGCGCCCGCUCCAGGAUGUCCUAGGAACAUACACGGAAAUGGACCGUUAUCCCCUCCCUUGGCUUGGUCAAAAAAAAAAUUACCAAAGUUUGCUAUGCAAACAUCGUUGCGCAUCACCACUCAGACGGAGUGCGCGCGCGCGUAAAGGGGAAGGAGGCUGGGCUAGAGAUUGGGUGCUUUAAAAACGGACAGGUCCAGGUUGAGGUUGAGCAGAUCCUUUAGCUGGUUCGCCUCAUCUCGUCUGAGCCGUCAGGAACAGUCAAACCUUCAGGAUGAUCAAAGCAACACUUCCGGUGCUCCUGCUGGCUUUGACCUCCACCUUUGCUAAAUACACCCCAAAAACAGGCCGAAGGGUUCCACAAACCCUGUCCAGAGGAUGGGGUGACCAGUUGAUCUGGGCUCAGACGUAUGAAGAGGGGCUGUACUGGUCCAGGUCCAGGAACAAGCCCUUGAUGGUUCUAUUUCACUUGGAGGACUGCCCCCACAGCCAGGCGUUGAAGAAAGUGUUCUCUGAAGAUGACAAAGUCCAGAAAAUCCUUGAUGAGGACUUCAUCGUCCUCAACCUGGUGUACGAAACCACAGACAAGCACCUCUCUCCUGAUGGACAGUAUGUUCCGCGAAUCCUGUUUGUGGACCCCUCCAUGACGGUGAGGGCGGACAUCAAUGGUCGCUAUGGCAACCGCUUGUAUGCCUAUGAGCCAACCGACAUGGGCCUCUUGUUCAGUAACAUGGAAAAAGCAAAGAAGCUGCUGAAGGCUGAACUUUGAGGACCAGUGGCGAGCCGCCAAUCCUGAUGAUGAGCCGUCAACCCUCGUUCUGCCAUCCCACAGAAGACAGCGCACUGCAAAGUUUCCUCUCCCUUUAUGCUUCCUGGAUGGUCAAUGUUUGUUUGUGUUACUGCAGCUGUCCAUUACCAGCUCUGUUGAAUAAAUGCGCACUUGUUAACAA